CAGAGCGCUGCUUGUCAAAGAUGGCGCUGCACUGUAGUCCAGUAAGACCAGUUCUCUGUUGUCGCCUGUAAAACUAUAAGCUGAAAAAGACAGAUCCGAAAGCUUGAUUAUAACACAGAAGACAUUCCAGUAAUAUCGGACUAGCCUGUCUUGGCAUUAGUGAAGUAAUGCCUUCUCCUAAAGCGCGCAGUGCUCCGAGCGCCGGUGGAGCCGAGCGCUACGAGUUCAUCUCUCUGAGCCGGACUCCCCCGCCGCACCUGCUGCAGAGGCAGGGCUCCGAUCCUACCGCGGCCCGGCUCCGAGCCUCCGAGAGCCCCAGCCGGCGACGCGGCUCGGGUUCGUCCAGCUCCUCCACCGGCGGGCAGCAGUUACCGGAGGAGGACUGUAUGAAACUGAACCCGUCCGUCAUUGGGAUCGCGCUCAGCUCUCUGCUGGCCAUCGACCUGUGGCUGUCGAAGCGGCUCGGGGUCUGCGCCCGGGAGGACGCGUCUUGGGGCAGCGUGCGGCCGCUCAUGAAGCUCGUCGAGAUCUCCGGACACGGGAUCCCGUGGCUGGCCGGUGCUGCAUACUCCCUGUACAAGAGCGACAGCGCCGCGGGUCAGGAGGUCAUGCUGAACCUGCUCAUGGCCUUGGUUCUGGACCUGGUCCUGGUCGGCACGAUGAAAGCUGUAGUACGACGGCGACGUCCUGCCCAUAACCGUAUGGACAUGUUUGCCACGUUCUCUGUGGAUGGCUAUUCCUUCCCAUCAGGCCAUGCCACACGUGCUGCAAUGUGUGCCCGCUUUCUAUUGGCCCAUCUGGUGCUGGCGGCCCCACUCCGCGUUCUUGUCCUGCUCUGGGCCACAUUUGUUGGUUUUUCUAGAGUUCUCCUCGGACGCCAUCACGUGACGGAUGUCGCAUUUGGUUUCCUCAUGGGCUACUGGCAGUAUAAUUUGGUUGAGAUGCUCUGGUUGUCUCCAGUCAUGUUGCAAAGCACGUUUGGACAGCUUCAAUGAGAAGCUAAGACUGAGGUCCCCAUUAUUUGAGGAUCUAGACACAUUUGUUUGCUGCCAGUAUGCUGGUAAUAAUUCCAUAAUCUCUGUCAAGUUGCUUUAUGUGAGUUUAUCACAUUUUCUAGAAUGUAAAGUCACAUAUCAUCUGCCUGUAAUAUCCAAGGUUUUAGGUUCACAUUAGAUCAUAUUGAACAGGUAAAUGAGUUUAAGUGUAAACAGACUUCAGAAGUUAUUUCUCUACUUCUUCUGUCAGUACUGUGAUAGAUUAUUCCAGUCUUAAUGAAUCAGCUGCAAUCCUGUUCUGCUCUUUUGAGGAUUGGUCCUUAUCAAAGGAGGAUGGAUGGGGCGACCUCUGGCUUCUAACAUCAAUGUUCUUGUUUACAGAAUAAAACCUCACCUUAUAAUAAUGUGAUACUACAUUAUUAUAACGCCUGCAACACUAGGCAUCAUUUUGAAGAUUUUGCUUCCAUUUUAAUUAAAAACUAGCAGGAUCUCUAAUUAAUAUGAAAAGCUCUUCAUGAAUGAAUAUUUAAUUAAACAAAGGAAGAGGAUUUGAAAUGAGGGUAAAUUUCAGCGCAGAUCUAAUACCUUUAGGGUAUGCGGUGUCCUCAAUAGACAUUCACAAGGGAGAAGUUCUGUUAUCUUUGAAGGGUUCAUUACACUGAUAUCUAUCCUCUGAAAAAGUCUUUUCUGUGUGUUUUAAAGAUCUCUUCUGUGUUUGUGCCUCAAAAGAGUGAAAUUGUUUAUUUUUCUGUGCUUUUAUUGUGACCGCGUUAACCACUGUUAAAUUUUAUUGCACUUUUUGACGCAGUCUUAUUGGUCUAUAGACGUUUGCUGUAUUUUGCUAUGGUCUUAUUCAAAUUUGCUGGUUUUUAAUUGGGUUAAAGCCACAGCUGUAGAGCCAUAAAUCACAUGAUAUGCUGCAAAUUGUUGCCAUAUAUCACAGGGGAACCUGUCAUAAUGACCAUUUGGUAGCAUUAAGCAGGAGUAAAUUGCACCAACAAUUUUUGUGUUAGUGGAGGAAGAUGUUGAAAUUUUCAAAUAAUUAUCUUU